CGGUGUUAUACGGUAAACUGCUACACCCCCAUGUGCGCUUCCACAUAAUUGACAUGGCGGAAUUCCUCACUGGUCUGGUCUGGUCCACCGUGGACUUCGCAGCAGCGGAAUGACAUGCUUUCUGUUACGGGCAUUUAGGGACUAACGAGUUAAUAAGAAAGAUUUACAGAAUCCGAGGCUGUUGCAGGGAGGGCUCCAUGAAUGUUCGUCACCAUGAUGAUGACGGACCAAAUGCUGGACCUCUCGCUUCCAUUGAGCAACGAGGUUCCCAUGAUGCACCACAUGAUCAAUGGCGAUGCACCACAGCAGGUGAUCCUGGUCCAGGUGAACCCAGGUGAGACGUUCACCAUCCGCACAGAAGACGGGGCUUUGCAAUGCAUUCAAGGGCCUGCUGAAGUUCCCAUGAUGUCACCGAACGGUUCCAUUCCACCAAUCCACGUUCCUCCUGGCUACGUCUCCCAGGUUCUGGAGGACAACACUGGCGUGCGGAGGGUUGUGGUCACGCCUCAUUCUGAAUGUUACCCUCCGAGUUACUCUCCGGCUCUGUCCCCGAACCAUCACAUUCACCCUCCAUACCUGACGCACCCACACUUUAUUCCGGCUUCACAUACGUCAUAUUAUCCUCCAGUCAGCCCCGGUGACGUGCCACCACACCAGUUCUAUCAGCACCGACUGCCACCCAUCUACCCGGAAGAGAUCAUCCCGCUGUAUAAUGUCUCCACUUUCAUGGGUCAUGAGGAGUACUGUAAACCUCCACCCAAGAAGCUCAAACAGCCGGUGGAGCGUACAAGUCUAAGUCAGGUGACCAGCCCGCUGUCCAACAGCUACAAGAACACCACGGCCUGCACCACCACUGCUAACGGCUACGGCAAGAGCCACAGCAGCCCUGGAGGAGGAGGAGGAAGCCCUGGCAACAAGAGGCCAGAUCGAAGAGCCAGAGGAAGCCCCAAACACUCAGACACUGAGCCACAGGAUCAUGAUGUGGACACGAGACGAGUUCAGGCUGUGCCAUCAGGAAUGGACAAGCCGCAGGUGUCUAACGUACAGUCCCGCUCCGCGCUUGUGUCAUGGACGUCGGGAUCAUCUGGACGGGUCCCUUCCUGUAGUUACGAGCUCCAGCUCACGGACAAGGGGCGAGACGGGAAAUACAAGGUUGUGUAUAGUGGUGAGGAGCUCCAGUACACCCUCACUGACCUCAGACCAGCCACAGACUAUCACAUCAGAGUAAGCACAGUGUGUAACUCACUAAAGGGUCCUAGUUCGGAUGUGAGGGCCUUCACUACCCACAGUGCCCCUCCUGAUACCCCUCUACCUCCCAGACUGUCCCAUCGCACCAAGAGCUCCCUCACAUUACAGUGGAAGCCCCCUGCGGACAAUGGCUCAAAAAUCACCAAUUAUGUUCUAGAAUGGGAUGAGGGGAAGAAAAACAGCAUUUUCCGUGAAUAUUAUGUUGGACACCAGCGACACUGCAAAGUAAUGAGGUUGUGCCCUGCUGUCGGGUACACGUUUCGAGUGGCAGCACUAAAUGAUAUUGGCACCAGUGGAUUCAGCGCAGAAGUCAUCUUCAACACCACAGGAAGUCUCCCGCAGACAUCCUUACCUCCGCGGCUGGUACAGACAGGUCCGUCCUGGGUUACACUGGAGUGGACACGACCAAACAGCAGCGCUGAGGAGGUCGUCACAUACACCCUGGAGAUGCAGGAUGAGACCAAGGGACUGGACUUCCAGGUAGUUUACAGCGGUUUGGAGCUGAACCGUAAGGUGGAGUCCCUAAGAAGGAACACGCAGUACAAAUUCAGGCUCAUCACUUGUAGUGGCGAGUGGCGCAGUGCACCGAGCUCACUGCUUGUGUGUAAGACGACCCCUGACAGACCCGGACCCCCUGUGAAUCCUGCAGUAAACACUGUCACAUAUCACAGCUUCUGUGUGACGUGGGAACCUCCACUAGAUGAUGGUGGAUCUGGAGACUUAACGUAUGUCCUGGAAAUAUCAGAAGGGAAUUCUGAAGAGAGGCAGUGGGCGACUGUCUAUAGAGGACCAGAGAGGAAACAUUUGUGUGAGGAUCGAAAACCAGCAACAAGCUACUCCCUGAGACUCAGCUGUGUGAAUGUGGGCGGCCAAAGCCAGUGCUCAGAUGACUUGACGGUGCGCACUCAUAUCCCGCCCCCUGGCCGCUGUCAACCCCCAAGUAUCGUGGGUAAUGUCAAACACAAAGAGAUGACCUUGCAGUGGGAUGGUCCUUUGUGUAGUGAAGAGGGUGAAAAUGCGGAGUUUAGCUUGGAAAUGUGUGCAAUGGAGGAGGGUUCGGAGCCAACGGAGGUGUACUGUGGAUCCAAAGCAGAGUGUACUGUGGGUAAUUUGCUCCCUGGCACCACCUACAGAUUCCAAGUUCGUGCAUCCAACAGUGCCGGGUUUGGAUCGUACUCUGAAUCUGUGGAAAUAAGCACUGCCGCCGGCCCCCCAGGACAAUGUAGUCCACCUGCCAUCAAUGUGACGUCACACACCUGUGCAGAUGUGACCUGGGAGAACAAAGAGAGCUCUGGGAUAGACAUUUCUGAGUACCGGCUGGACUGGGGACGUGAUUUGGAGUCUCUUGAACUGGUCUACAGUGGAACGGAAACCUACUUCCAAAUCUCCAACCUGGAGGCAUCAACGGACUACUGCUGCAGGCUACAGGCAGUGAACCAGGCAGGGGCGGGCCCCUACAGUGAUCUGGUGACGUGUCGGACCCCUGCAGCGGCCCCUGAUGUUGUAUCCGGAUUUCGCCUUGUUGACCACCCUCUGAACCCGACAGAAAGUGAACCCUUCUCCCACUCCACCUGUCUGGCCCUCACUUGGGAUGAGCCUCACUGUAAUGGAGCAGAAAUCACCUCCUACAGCAUCUCAAUGGGCGACAGCAUCAUUACCGCCGGAAACGUAACCUGUCACAUUAUCAGGGACCUGCUGCCGGACAGCGAGUACAGCCUGCAGAUUCGAGCAGAAAAUGAAAUGGGCCCCGGGCCCUUCAGUCAGACCCUGACGGUGAGGACCAGACCCCUUCCGCCGUCUCCUCCACGGCUGGAGUGUGCAGCGGUCGGACCUCAGAGUCUGAAACUACGCUGGGGUUUCAGCAGCCGAAGUCAACUCACAGACGACACGACCUACGUCCUGCAGAUGGAGGACAAGAAUCAGAGGUUUGUGGUGGUUUACCGAGGUCCGAGCCACACUUUUAAGCUGCAAAGACUGAGCGAAUCAAGACGAUACCGUUUCCGGAUCCAGGCGGUGAGCGAAGCAGGCGAGGGGCCUUUUUCUGAGACGUACACCUUCUGCACCACCAAAUCUCUGCCACAAACACUGAAAGCCCCAAGAGUUGUUCAGCUAGAGGGAAAUGCCUGUGAGGUCACAUGGGAGAGUAUUCCACCAAUGAGAGGAGACCGAAUCAGCUAUGUGCUACAGGUGCUGGGAGGCAGAGAUUCUGAUUAUAAACAGAUGUAUAAGGGAGAUGAGACAUCCUUCCAGCUCUCCGGGCUGCAGUGGAACACAGACUACCGCGUGCGAGUGUUUGCAUGCAGGCGCUGCGCAGACACCCUCCAGGAGCUGUGCGGAUCCUUCAGCCCAUCCGCUCACUUUAACCUGCGGCGGUCUGACGCCACACUGGCUGUGGAAGCAGACGUCACCAGGGUGCCCAUGGGCAACACCCUCACUGAUGAACAGUUUGCCGGCCUCAUGGUAUUUGGGGUGGCCUCUCUCUCUGUCCUAAUGGCCUUCCUGCUUCAGCUUCUGAUUUAGAGCCGUUCUCGUCUGCUUCUUCUUCAAUUUUUAAACUACAGCUCGCAAAACCAUUAAUGCAAGUGCUGUUUUUGGUCAUUGACCAAAAUACACCUUUUACAUUUUUUUUAAAUUUCAUGUAUUUUUUUACAGAAUUUUUUUUUUUUUUACAGGUUUUUCUAUAAAAUGAGUUACAGCUUUAACAAAUCAGUAAUGAUGAAAUGUACUGUUUGGGCGUCUAUGCCUGUUUUUUAAGUUGAAGAUGCUGUGCAUAUUUUUAUAUUUAGUAUUUAGGAGAUUUUAACACUAAAGUAACAAGUGGCCUUCCGGAUCUCAAGUUGGACUCUCAGAUGAAUAUCUGAGGUGUUGUUGUUUUUUUUUUUGUUGUUGUUUUUUUUUUUAAUGGUCAGUCCUAUUUAUCUUUAAAUCAGUGUCUAGACAGCUAAACGGCAUCAGUGCUCUCGUUCCCUUAUCUGUGCCCCAGGAAAGUCUGUCUAAAAGCUUCUUUAAAGCUUUAUUCGUUCUCUCCUCUUCCGUUUGUCUUUAAAAAAGGUGUCCUUGGGCUGCCUGUACAAAAAAACAAAAACAAGAAAAAGUCAAAAACAUUUUUUUGUUUUUUGCUCAGUCCAAUGAGAGUCAAAUGACAGUUUUUGCAAUCAAUCAGCAGUGUACAGUGUUGUGAAGUCUGGAGUGUUUGUACCUCAGGGACUUGGGAGGGCCUUGUGAACCUGUGCCUUGAAAUCCACAGAUCCAAACUUUCGUGACAAAUCAUUUCAAAUCUGCUGCUUACAGUAUUUCAUUAACACUUUACCCUGGUCACAUUAUACAGUACAUGAUCGUGUUUACUAGCUCAGUCAGCCCUUAACCAAAGUUAGUGAGCAUUCAAGAUAUAACAGUUUUGUUAGAUUUAUUUAUGCUAUAUUCUUGUACUUUAUAAUGCAAAUCACAGUGCAAUCUACAUUUAUUUAUUACAAAAAUCAGAACUGUCAUAUUCAAUAUUUUCAUGUAGCAUGUCUUUUUAUAAGGGGGUUAUGAUAAAUCUUUAUUAUUUUUUUCCAAAUAUAGAACAGCAUUUUAACAUCAUUAACCUGUCUUAUUUCAAAUAUAAUUGUAUUGUUUAUAUUCUGUUUUUAAUUGCUUUAUUUUUAUUCUGAUUUUUUUUUUUUUUUUUUAUUGCUUUAAUUCAGAAAAUGUUGAUAUCUGAUCAAUUUUGUGAUUUCCCACCUGCACAAACAGCAAGAUUAAGUUUUUUUAAUUUUAGAUUUAAAAAAAAAAAAAAAAAAAAUUAUUUCUACUUCUUUUAAUCAUCUACUCUUCAUGUAGUGGGCUAUAUAUGUAUUGCUGAAGUUUUUAGACAAACAUUCCAUUGUUUUCUGAUUAAAAGAAGUUGAAAUGACUUGACACUAGAAAACUUGAAGUGGAAACACUUGAAGAACACUUUUUAAGAACUCCAGACCCAGAAUCUUUUUAAGUGGAAAACGGAAAUACUUUUUUUUUUUUUUUUUUUUUGCAUUUUUUGCAUUUUAGCUG